UAUUUACUGAAAAUUAAUGUAAACAUUUUUUUUUUCAUUUCAGAGCUGAUGGAAGAAAGCGAGGAGAGUGAAGAACUGAGUGAAGUGGAGGAGAAACAUCACGAGAACCCUGGAGAAAAACCUUUGAGUCGCUCAAAGACUAAAAAGACAUUUUUAAAGAAAAGAAGAGUCAAGAAAUCUUUGACCUGCUCUCAGUGUGGAAAGAGUUUCACAACCAAACAAAGUCUUGAUGUUCACAUGAGGAUCCACACUGGAGAGAAACCGUUCACAUGUGAUCUGUGCGGGACAAGCUUCACACAAAAAAUACAUCUUACAAAACACAUCAAGAUCCACACCGGAGAGAAGCCGUUCAUGUGUGAUCAGUGUGAGAAGAGAUUCACAAACAAGAAUAGUCUUGAGCUUCACGUGAGAGUUCAUGCUCGCCAGAAACCGCUGACGUGUGAUGAGUGUGGAAAGAGAUUCAAGUGCCAGAAGAAUCUUGAGGUUCACAUGAGAAUCCACGCUGGAGAAAAGCCGUUCACCUGCUCUCAGUGUGGAAAGAGUUUCACAAACAAACGUAAUUUUGAUGGUCACAUGAGAGUUCACACCGGAGAGAAACCGUUCACAUGUAAUCAGUGCGGGAAGAGCUUCACACAGGAACCACAUCUUACUGGUCACAUGAGGAUCCACACCGGAGAGAAGCCUCACGCAUGCGAUCAGUGCGGGAAGAGCUUCACACAUUCAGCACAACUCAAGAGACACAUGAGAGUUCACACCGGAGAGAAGCCGUUCACAUGUGAUCAGUGCGGGAAGAGCUUCCCAUAUAAACAAUGUCUGGAUCUUCACAUGAGCAUCCACACCGGAGAGAAACCAUUCAUGUGUGAUCAGUGUGAAAAGAGCUUCUCAAACAAACAAUGUCUUGAACUUCACAUGAGGAUCCACACGGGAGAAAGACCGUAUGCAUGUGAUCAGUGUGGAAAGGGUUUCACACAAUCACCACACCUUAAAGAACACAUGAAAAUCCACACCGGAGCGAAACCAUACGUGUGUGAUCAGUGUGAAAAGAUAUUCACAUACAAAUCUGGUCUUACUGUUCACAUGAGGAUCCACACCGGAGAGAAGCCGUAUGCAUGUGAUCACUGCGGCAGAAGAUUUCUUGCGGCAUCACACCUGAAGAGUCACCUGACAGUUCAUACGAAGGAGAAGCCGCAUUCAUGUUCUGAUUGUGGAAAGAGUUUUUCACUGCUGCAAAGUUUGAAAGGACAUCAGAAAAUACACACCGGUGAAAAAUCUUACAUGUGCUUUGAGUGUGGGAAGACUUUUAUUUCAGCAAACUCUUUAAAACUGCACCAGAGGACUCACACUGGAGAGAAACCUUACAAGUGUUCACACUGUGACAAGAGAUUCAGUCAGACUGCAAGUCUGAGAAUGCAUGAGAGGAUCCACAGCAGAGAGAAACCACACACGUGUGAUCAGUGCGAGAAGAGUUUCGCUUUUAAACAUCACCUGAAGAUACACAUGAAGAUCCAUGCAGCGGAGAAACCAGAUCAGCGCAGUCUGAGAUCACGACCUGAUGACGUGAACAAGAAAGAUAAAACAAACAGGAUCAAAAAAAAUCUGUCACUUUCCCUUAGUGUAAAAAAAGAUUGAGAUGUAAAUGAAGGCUGAAGAUUCAUGAGUUCACACUGGGAAGAAGCGGCUCAGGCUUUCAUCUGAAAUCACAUCUGAACUCUCAUUCUGAAGAAAGACCAUUAAACUCUGAUCACCUGGUGAGUCACACAAAGGAGAAGAUUCAUUCUUAAUAUUACAGCAGAAAAGAUACGGCGGUAUGUGUUUAAGUGCAGGAAGUCUUUUACUAAAGAUGAUGAACUGAAAGAGCACCAAAAAAAAUCACACUGGAAAAAAAACUUUUAAGGAGAUCUGAAGAAGAGGUCAUGACACGUUUAAGAGAAACAUGAAUCGUAUAUUAUUUGUUAACUCAUUCUUUACUGUUUUUCAUUCAAAGAUCUAGUUUCUCUUUCACUUCUACUCUUCCAUGCAAACACAAGAUAUAUUUUCAUGUAGCUUUGAAACUGGACACUUUGCUUCUCUUCUUCUUGUAAAACCCGAAAUGAUCUCGCCUUGAAACCAAACCUCAGGCGCUCUCACCAAACAGAUGCCAUGCAACAAAACAAUAAACUAUCUAAUCUGAUGUUUGAUGAGACUGAUGUUACCUUUACUUUAUGAGCAGGACAGAUCAAACUGAAGGCGCCUGGAUGAAUGGAGCAGUAGGAACUUCAUCGUGAUCUUUUGAUUUCUGUCUAUCACUGAUUUAGCGAGCUGUAUGAGAAAGUAAACCACACUUUUAAUCAGAAGCAAGCAGUAGUCAGCAGAUUUAAGGGUAUUAGUUAACCUACAUCCUCUGAAUAAAAACAGACUGUCGAGUUUGUGAUCGUGAGAUCUUAUGGAAU